UACGUCGUGGCAGCUUAUGUGACGAAUCAAUAAAACAUAACUACAUUCUGAUGAUUUUAUGAAACUUCAUUGACUGACUGGGGAGGUGAUAAUGGACUUAUUAAGUGAGACUUUUCUGAGAAUAAAGGACUUACAACAAAAAUGUAAUACUAACAUACGGAAAUAUAAGCCACCAGUAGAUGGUAACCUGUAUUGCAAUGCUACAUCCGACACUUUAGGUGGAUGUUGGAAUAUAACACGUGCUGGUCAAUCAGCUAAAAUACCAUGUCCAGAAUUAAUGAAAACUUCUUCUUACGGAUCAGCCUAUUUGAACUGUACAGAGCAUGGAACAUGGAAUACAAUUAACGGAUCUAUAAGAGGAGAUUAUACUCAUUGCCAGUUCUGGGAUGCAGGGAAAGGCGACCAUCUUCCAGUGUAUGUUUUCAUUGCAGGAAAUGUAGUUUCCAUCAUUCUACUUAGUGUUGCGCUAACGAUAUUCUUCAGAUUUAGGCAACUAAAAUGUGGAAGAAUCUUCAUACAUAAGAACCUUUUCCUGUCCUAUAUAUUAACUGGACUAACAUGGAUAUUAUAUAAUUCGUUGGUUGUCCUAAAUUCAGAUCUCCUGGAACAUAAUUACGUAUGGUGCCAAGUAUUACAUGUGUUGGCUCAUUUCUCUAUGGUUUGUAACUUUUCUUGGAUGUUUUGCGAAGGAUUAUAUCUCCAUACACUACUACAGAAGGCAUACCAAGGGGAAAGAGUCCUUAUGAUAAUUUGCGUGAUAAUAGGAUGGGUGGUCCCAAUUUUCCCAACCAUCAUAUAUGCAGUCCUUAGAGCCAUUUCAACAGUAGACAAUACAGUCUGUUGGAUGAACGAGAGUAGUCUUCAAUGGAUUAUGUAUGGACCAAUAGUUAUUUCUCUGGCUGUCAAUAUCAUAUUUCUUAUAAAUAUUGUUCGAUUAUUGAUGACAAAAUUGAAGGAUCUACCAGAAGCAGCGCAAAAUAAGAAAGCAGCCAGAGCCACGCUUGUUCUGAUUCCAUUAUUAGGAUUUCAAUACUUACUUUUGCCGAUGAGACCUGACCAUGGUUCACCCUUUGAAGAUGUCUAUAGUUAUUGUUCUGCUAUUUUAACGUCAUGUCAGGGGGCCUUUGUUUCCAUAAUAUAUUGCUUCUGCAAUGGUGAGGUAGUUUCGCUGUUGAGUCGAAAAUGGAAACAAUACAGACUUAUGCAUUGCACUGGAAGUGCAGAACAAAGAUUUCCUUCGAUGAAAUCCAAUGAUACAGAACAAAUGUGCUUGGAAUCAGUGAGAGAAGAAAGUCCUGAAUUGAUGGCGCUAACCGAGGCAACUCAGUAGAAACUGAUCAAAUGGCCUUUUCUUUCCAACAGUUUUAAAUUCUGUGGACUUUUUUGACAGUUACUCGGCAAACUACAUGCUUCUUUGAUCACUCAAAUUAUCAAUGAGUUCUUAGUUAUACGACGUUUGAUUCUUUUGAAAUAAUUUAAUUGACGUUUACAGGUUACAUUAAAAGCAAUGUAUCUGUGAAUUGGAGAAUCUGUAUUUCUAAUUAAGUUACCUGAUAUUGAUUUUUUCUUUUUUUUUCUCCAUUCACUAAAAUUCAAACGUUCACCAACUUAUAAUGACUAACGUAAGUGCUAUUUGUUUUUUAAUGAAUCGAGCACCACUAAUAAGUUUUAUGUUGAUGAAACACGCGCACGUAAUUAUAUUGACAAGUGUUUACAUACGUGAUUGAUUUCUAUAGUCUCUCAUAAUUCUUUAUAGAAUGGCACUUGUAUUUUAAUUUAUAAAAUUACUGUUUUAUUCAAUGUAUAUAUUAUGAUGAUUGUAUUAUAUGUAUUGCAAGUGGUGAGACUCUAAUAAAAUAUUGAAUCUGAAUCUUGAAUCUACGUGUUUAAUGUUUGUCUGAGGUGGUGUGCAGAAUGUGAAGCAAAGCAAACAGUGAAAUAUUUAUAGAAACGUUUUUAGUUUCAUUUUGU